AUGAAAAGUAUCUUGUUGGUGUGCGCGUGUGCGUUGCUGACUGGCGUUCAGGCGAUAGGCAGGUACAGGGGAUUAGAGUUUUUGGAACCUUGCACGAGGAGGGACCGUAAUAUCGAGGGCUGCCUCGCGAGAUCGGCCAACGUCCUCACCGAGCGCUUCCGUCAUGGUUUGCCACAGUUGGGUUAUCCAGAAGUGGAGCCAAUCAUUCUUGACGAACUCCAUAUUGCGCUUGGCGGAGGAUCCGAUGGAUACAGAGCUCAAUUCAAGAACGUCACUGCCAGAGGUGUUUCCACAUUACGAGUAACUGGUUUGAGGGCUAGAUUAUCAGAAGACGAGGUGCAAUUGCAGUUGGCCCUUAGCAUUCCAAAAAUCAGAGCAGCAGCUAAGUACAGGUCCAGUGGCACUCUGAUUUUGGUGAAAGCCAGUGGUGCUGGCGAUUAUUGGGGAGAAUAUGAGGGUGUCAAAGCGAAAGUUUUCAUCAGAGCGAAGCCGUUCGUGGUUCAAGGCCGACGUUACUUGAGGUUGCAGCAACUGAAAAUGGACUUCAGCGUGCAAAAUAUCAGAAUGGGCGUCGAAAAUGUCCGCGACAGCAACGCUAUAAUUCUGGCUGCGCUGAACCUGUUCAUAAAUACUAACAGCCAGGAAUUGCUGAAAGAGAUGAAACCGGAUCUAAGGAGGAAAUUAGUCCAAGUAAUGACGACCUUUGUCGAAAAGAUCUUCGCUCAAGUACCAUACGACGCAUGGAUCACGGAAUAA